UUCGGCAGGAAGUGCGCUGUGGAUCAGAUCGUUUUGAUACUUCUUUCAGUGCACAGUAAGAAAUAACGUACAGUAGUGCUAAAUUUUUAAGUGCUAAAAAUAAUGCUGUUACGAUUUCUAUUAUUAUUAACUCUUGUCGUAGUGGCAAUAACAGUCAGCGUUAAUAAUGAGUUACAAUCAAACUUAACUAUACGUGUGGAGGAGCAAAAUUCGAAUAGCACAAGUGGAGUUGAUAAUGAUAAAGGAUUUUGGGAAUGGCUGUUUGGUUCAGUAACACCACACCCAUCAACAAAUACAGAACUGCAGCAACCAGAAGAGUGUUUAAAAUGCACUUGUGGUUUAACAAAUAAACACAAUCGUAUUGUUGGAGGCGUCGAGACGCUUGUCAAUCAAUAUCCUUGGAUGGUCUUAUUGUUGUACAAAGGACAAUUUUAUUGUGGAGGUACAAUUAUAAAUUCACAACAUGUACUAACGGCUGCUCAUUGUGUUGACAGAUUUGAUACACAUAAAUUAAUUGCUCGAAUAUUGGAACACGACUGGAACUCAACCAGUGAAAGUAAAACGCAGGAUUUUCAAAUAGAAAAAGCAAUCAAGCAUCCUAGUUACUCGAAUAUUAAUUACGAUAAUGAUAUUGCACUUCUUAAACUGAAAGGUGCUAUCAAGUUCAAAGGUUCGAUGCGACCUGCUUGUCUUCCGGAAAAAGCAAAAACUUUCGCUGGUAAAAAGGGUAUAAUAAUCGGAUGGGGUGCUAUUAAGGAAGGUGGUCAGGUAUCGUACACUUUACAAGAAGUUUUUAUUCCUAUUCUUUCAAAUGCAGAAUGUCGCGCUACGAAAUAUCCAGCAUCCAAAAUAACCGAUAACAUGAUAUGUGCGGGUUUCAAGGAGGGUGGCAAGGAUUCCUGUCAAGGAGACAGCGGUGGUCCGAUGCAUAUAGAAGAGAACAGUGUUCAUCAGGUAGUUGGAGUGGUAUCCUGGGGCGAAGGAUGCGCGCAAUCCGGAUAUCCCGGGGUUUAUGCCAGAGUAAAUCGAUACCUGACAUGGAUUAAACACAACACAAACGAUGGCUGUUAUUGUUGA